AUGUGUUCCAAAUUCCUACUGCUCUUUGUCUCUGAAGCUGAACCCCUGUCCCCGGAGCCCCCAGCAGUGCCCCCUGAGGUGGAGCUGCAGCACCUGAGGAAGGAACUAGAGAGAGCAGCAGGAGAGCUCCAGGUCCAGGUAGAGAACAAUCAGCACGUAAGUCUCCUGAACCGGAGGCAAAAGGAGAGGCUUCGGGAGCAGGAAAAGAAGCUUUGGAAGCAGGAGGAGAAGCUUCAGAAGCAGGAAGAGAAGCUUCGGGAGCAGGAGGAGAAGCUUCGGGAGCAGGAGGAGAAGCUUCGGAAGCAGGAAGAGAAGCUUCGGAAGCAGGAGGAGAAGCUUCGGGUGCAGGAAGAGAAGCUUUGGAAGCAGGAGGAGAAGCUUCGGAAGCAGGAGGAGAGGCUUCGGGUGCAGGAAGAGAAGCUUUGGAAGCAGGAGAAGAAGCUUUGGAAGCAGGAGGAGAAGCUUUGGAAGCAGGAGGAGAAGCUUCGGAAGCAGGAGGAGAAGCUUCGGGAGCAGGAGGAGAAGCUUUGGAAGCAGGAGAAGCAGCUUCGGAAGCAGGAGAAGCAGCUUCGGGAGCAGGAGGAGAAGCUUCGGGAGCAGGAAGAGAAGCUUUGGAAGCAGGAGGAGAAGCUUCGGGUGCAGGAGAAGAAGCUUCGGAAGCAGGAGGAGAGGCUUUGGGAGCAGGAGAGCUUCGGGUGCAGGAAGAGAAGCUUCGGGUGCAGGAGGAGAAGCUUCGGGUGCAGGAGGAGAAGCUUCGGAAGCAGGAGGAGAAGCUUCGGAAGCAGGAGGAGAGGCUUCGGGAGCAGGAGGAGAAGCUUCAGCAGCUGGCCGAGCCACAGAGCGGCUUUGAGGAGCUGGUGCGUUGCCCCCCUGGGUAGUCUGUCCUCCUCCCUGGCCCUCCAGGCCUUUGUUUCCCCACCUGUAAAAUGGGGCAGUGUAGCCCUCAUGUGAAAUGUUACUUCUAAAGGCACCUGUGAGCCAGAGCCCUGCUCUGGUGGCUAUGGGACAGAGGGGAUGAUUUUUCUAACCUGCCUCCACCCUUCCCCGUGCCGUGGGAGGCAGACACCAAGUUCUGGGGUCUCCAGCUGCAGUGGGUGGCUGCUGAUUGCUUCUCUCUGUCCAGAACAACGAGAACAAGGGCGCACUGCAGUUGGAGCAGCAAGUAGAGGAGCUACAGGAGAAGCUGGAGGAGGUGAAGGAGACGGUAACCUCUGCCCCAUCCAAGAAGGGCUGGGAGGCGGGCACCAGCCUCUAGGGAGGGGUGUGCCAGGCCAGAGGCAGCUCCAGCCUGGGGGAGGUGACCUCAGCACCCUCCAGGACAGUCCCGUGACUGUUUCUUGCUUCCUGUCCCGUGACUUUUAGAGGUGGGUAGCCCUGGGCUCCUCCCAGGUCUGGACAUCAUCAUCCCAGCUAGAGGCAUGGAGCCCCCCAAUCAUAGGGGAAGAGACAGUGGGAUAAGAGGCUCCUUACACCAGGCGUGGUGGCUCACGCCUAUAAUCCCAGCACUUUGGGAGGCUCAGGCAGGAGAAUCACUUGAGGUCGGGAGUUUGAGAUCAGCCUGGCCAACAUUGUAAAACCUCAUCUCUACUAA